AUGGACCAAAAUGCCAUUGUGUUAGAAUCAGGGGCUGUUUAUACAUUUGGAAAAAGCAAAUUUGCUGAAAACAUCCCAAGCAAGUUCUGGUUUAGAAAUGAUACGCCUUUGUCGAUUUGCUGUGGUGAUGAGCAUACUGCCGUUAUAACAGGAAAUGGUAAACUUUACAUGUUUGGCAGUAACAACUGGGGCCAGCUAGGACUAGGAUUAAAGAAUACUGUCAACAAACCAACAUGUGUAAAAGCUUUAAAACCAGAAAAAGUGAAACUUGCUGCUUGUGGAAGAAACCACACUUUAGUUUACACAGAACAAGGAAAUGUAUAUGCUGCUGGAGGUAACAGUGAAGGGCAGCUGGGAUUAGGUGACACAGAGGAAAGAAGCACGUUUCAUCUAGUUAGUUUUUUUACCAACGAGUACAAGAUCAGACAGCUGGCAGCUGGAUCGUACAUCUCAGCAGCAUUAACUGAGGAUGGACAGCUUUUUAUGUGGGGUGACAACUCUGAAGGUCAGAUUGGCAUGGCACAUGAAGCCAAUGCGUGUGUUCCUUGUCAAGUGGAUAUUGGAAAACCUGUUUCCUGGGUCUCGUGUGGAUAUUAUCACUCUGCCUUAGUAACAAGAGAUGGCCAGCUGUACACUUUUGGAGAGCCUGAGAAUGGAAAACUGGGUUUGUUACCUGAACAACUGAAAAACAGUAAGGUUCCACAGCCUGUAUCAGGGAUUUUGGAAAGUGUUAAAAAGGUUGCCUGUGGUGGAGGACAUACAGUGGCACUUACAGAGACAGAUGUAUAUACGUUUGGUCUUGGACAAUAUGGACAGCUCGGACACGGGACAUUUAUUUUUGAAACCCCAGUACCAAAGACUGUAGACUUUCUGAGGAGGCACAAAAUAAAUAACAUUGCAUGUGGGGAAAAUCACACAGCUGUAAUAACAGACAAUGGCCUUAUGUUUAGCUUUGGAGAUGGACGACAUGGCAAGUUAGGACUUGGAGAAGAGAAUUUUACUAAUCAAUUCAUACCUACCUUAUGUUCUAAUUUCUUGAGGUUUUCCGUCCUUUUGGUUGCUUGUGGUGGCUGUCACAUGCUAGUUUUUGCCUCACCAAGGCCGAAAGGGUCUGAAGAAAUACUCUUAGGAGAUUUACAUGAAAACUAUUUGACUGCUACUAUUUCCAAACUGGGUGGAGAUUCAUUAAUAUCAGACACCUUACAGCGAACAUUGUCAGCACGAAUGCGACGGAGAGAGAGGGAAAAGUCACCAGAACAAUUUGGUCGAAUGGUACGAACACUACCUCCCUUGGGAAAAGGCUUGCUGAAAUCUUCUUUACAUAUCACCAGCAACACUGUCCCACCACGUUUAUCUGCAGAAAAACAUCCUGGUGCAGAAGGAGCUAAUAUAAAUAAAGCCCUUGGAUCUAAUGUGGGCUGUAAAACAGAUGAGAAUCAAGAAAACCAAAAAUCUGACAGGAGUUCCCCAGAGGAAGAUUCAGAGAAUGAAAGAAGCCUUGGAAACACAACUGAUAUACUAAAUAUGACACACGUGAUGAGAUUGAAUCCAAGUGACCAGUCCUUAAAAUUAUCACCAGUUCAAAAACAAAAGGAUCAGAUAUCUUCUGAAGAUGGUGAUACUGAUUAUGAUGAAGCAGAAGAAGAAGAACCAGAUGAAGAGAAGGAAGACAAAGAGGAGGAGGAGGAUAUUGAUAGGCAAGUGGGUGCAGAAGAGGUGCAUCACAAUGGAACUCCUGAAGAAGACAAAAGCAAUAACACCACAGAAAUCCUACAGGAAGAACAAAGCACUCAGGAAGAGAACAUAAUUCAGCAAGAUAAAAAAAGCACGAAUACCCAUACUAUGAGCAAUUCUUCAGGGACUAUUUCAGAGAGUAGUGAAGACAGAAUAUCUGGAGGAAUACUGGGGAGGUCCAAAAAGUUUUCUCUGUUUAAGCGAAGGUCAUUGACAAGUCAGAAAAAUAGACAUAAUAGUACAGAAGGUAGAUCUGAAAAGCUACACCAGACUGAAGAGGAAAAAAGAAAUGAAGAUUUGCCUGAUGAAGAUAGCAAAGAUGAAAACCAAAAUCACACCAGGGAGAAUCCUAAGGAAGAUCAAACUAACCAGGAUAGAAAGAUAAAGUCUUCAACCUGUGUAAUACUGUAAUUAUAUACAGUAAUCCCACAGUUUUAAGCACCUCUUGCAAUUAAUACUUGAAAAUGAUUAUGACUUAAAGCUAUUGAUGAUGUUUUUCUUUAAAUUGAGUUUUUUUGCCUGGGACAUGAAGACCAUGGUCUUAGUAUUUAUUUUUAUCAAUAACUUUAGUAAUUGCAACUGAUAAACUUAUUAUAAUUUUUCUGAAGUGUUGUGGCCUUAACUGUUCAGUGUUGUAAUAAAAAUAUAUUUUUUUAUGUGAAAA